AUUUGACUUCGCUAACCCACCAACAGUUUGCGAUCCUGGUUGGCCGUGUUAGGGGCCGCAGUUGCCCUUUACUGCACCGUUGGCUUUCUCAAUGCCUUCGGCGUCUUUCAAGAGUAUUACACCACCCACCUCCCUGACCGUUCUGCCUCGGACAUCUCAUGGAUCGGCUCCCUGUCCAUCUUCCUGCUGUACAUGGGCUCGCCCUUCUGCGGCAUUCUCGUCGACAAGAUUGGCCCCAACAUCCCGCUCUGUGUCGGCAGUCUUGGCCUGGAGCUGGCCCUGUUCAUGACCUCCUUAUGCACCCAGUACUGGCAACUCAUGCUUGCCCAGGCUCUCCUACUAGGCCUUAGCAUGUCCCUUGUCUGCUGUCCGCCGCUGGGAGUCGUCUCACGACACAUGCCGCAUCGUCGUGGACUGGCUCUCGGCUUGACCAUUGGUGGUUCCUCCAUUGGCGGUGUCAUCUGGCCCAUUAUGAUGCAGCAGCUUCUCGUUCACCAUGGCAUCAGCUUCGGUUGGACCAUGAGGGCCGUGGCCUUCAAGAUGAGUCCGCUACUGGCUUUUGCCUGCCUAACCGUUGUUGAGCCACUCGAGCAGCCGUCCCGAGCUCCAUCUGGAACCGCCCAUGUUACAAGCCAUGUCACUCAGCAGCAGCCCAUUGAGGAGGCGGAGCAGAAGAAGAUGGAGGAUGCUGCUGCAGAUGGCGAAAGCAAGAAGGCGGACUUGUCGUUUCUGUGGAAGCCCACUUACAUCUUGCUAUGUCUCGGCUUGGCCGUCAUCUACUUUGGCCUGUUUACCCCCCUCUUCUACGUAUCCGCCUACGCCAUUGACAAGGGCCAAUCCCUUUCCACGGCUUUCUAUCUUCUGUCGGCCGUCAACGCCUCGUCCUUCUUCGGCAGAGUGGGCCCUGGUCACUUCGCUGACACGUACGGUCACUACAACCUGUUGAUCAUCUUCACCCUGCUAUCGGGAAUUGUCGGAUUUACUUGGACUCGGGCAACGAGCCUUGGUGGGAUGAUUGUCUGGAGCUUGGCCUACGGCUUCACCUCAGGGGCCGUCAUGAGUCUUCAGAAUGCCUGCGCAGGUAAAAUCGCCCCACUUCGCAGCCAGGGAGCCGCCGUAGGCUUCCUCAUGGGUUGUUUGUCCAUCACUGCCCUCAUUGGAGUGCCCAUCGGCGGCCAGAUUUUAAAGCAUUCGGGGUACCCUGCGUUAUCCAUGUGGACAGGCGCCACGAUUGUUGUUGGAGCCGCCGUUCUCGGUGUCGCACGCUUCACCCUAGAUCCCCAUUUGUUUGCCGUAUUUUAGAGGUAGGCAGGGUGUCCCGUCUCUGUUUGAUUCCCAGGUGUUGUUUAUUACGGGUGCCCAUCCCGGGCCUACAGCCGGAGGUGUGACAAGUAGUAGAUAGUCCGUACACAGGAAUAGAACUCUACUUCGUUUCUC